AUGAUAAUUAAAAUCUUUGAUGAGUUACAAACAGAUCAAAUUGAAAACUUUUUGAUCGGUCCGACAGCUAAUGUCUGCGUUAAGGUCCAACACUUAAUUGAAACAGAAUUAGAGAAUUUGAGAAAUUCAUUUUAUAGACGACUUAACUUCAAACUAGUAGUUCCCUGUCCUUGUGAUGUGACGUGUGAACCGCAUAAGAUUGAUGGGUGCAAUGAUAUCGAGUGCCUACACUUUUUACCACUUAAUCAAUGUCUCACUAAAAAGGUCGUUGAGUGUAAGUACAGUCGACAGGUUAGGACAAUAUUUAUUCAACGAUACUUUCCUCAAUUGCCAUUUAAUUCAAAUGAGGAUACAAACAACAAUACUUCCCAAUCAUUAAAUCGUGAGAAUGGUUGGGACCAUAUUUUUCAAGUGGAACCGGUAUGGAUGAGAGAGGCGGCCAAACUGCUGGCACCCAACCAUCCAAAUAAAGAUUGGCUCGCAUUAGCUAAACGUUUGGGUUAUAAUGAGCGCGAUAUCUCAAAAUUUACUGAUGAUAUCGCACCCUGUCUUGCAUUGCUUAGGGACUGGUAUGAGACUAAUGGAAGGACUCGUUAUUGUAUCGAUGUUUUGCUGUCUUGUCUUAGAAUGAUAUCACGUGAAGAUGUGGCCGCACUUAUAGAGUACGACUUAGAACCUGAAGGGUCGGCGCCGCCUGUAUUCAUAAGUUAUCAAAGAGAUUCUCAGGAACAGGUCUCAGAAUUGCGUCAAAAAUUGGAACUAGCAGGAUUUCCAUGUUGGAUGGAUACUAGAUCAAUGGGUGGCGGAGAUUCACUCUAUGGCAAGAUAUACGACGGCAUUAGUAGAGCUAAAGUAGUUUUAUGUUGUCUAACCCCCCGAUACGUGGCCUCUCCUAUGUGUAACCGUGAAAUAACUUUAGCUGAUGUCUUGCAUAAACCGAUUCUUCCAAUUAUUAUUGAAGUCACUCCAUGGCCACCUCCAGGUGCAAUGGCGGUCAUUAUGAGUUCAAUUGUUUAUAUAGAUCUUUGUGGUGUGGGCAGUCAUUCAGGAAUCGGUAGAAUUCAAGAUCUUGAAACACGUUUUCGAGAAAUUCUUGAUCGAGUUUCACGAUAUAUAGCCGGUUAUGUAGACGCACCUAUAGUAGCGCCGAGAUAUCUACAAUUACCGGAUAUUUUUUCGCCUAUUAGAGAGACACCUCAACAAAUGGAUGAAUCUGAAAAUACUAACGAAGUGCCCGAAACUACUAAUGAUAGCGACAAUCAACCCGAAGCACAGGGAGGAGCCAUUGCUUCUGAGGUCUCAUUUGCGGCAAAUGAAGAAUCUCUUAGAGAAGAUCUGUUUUCUGGAGAUAAUAUAUCAGUUUUGACAACAACAAGACGAGGUCAUAACCGGGUGACAAACUGUGCCAUUUGCUCAAUACUUUAA